AUGGGCCUUCUUAUAUACGAAGAAAAAAUAACCACUAUUACUUUGACUGAAUUUCAAGGUUAUAAUACAGAAAAACUUUUCGAAUUCUUAAGAAGUGAAGAACAAUUGCGUCUCAUACAAGAAGGUUUUGACAUAUUAAAAAAUGAAAGAAUCUGCGGUGGUGAUUUUCUCGAGCUUACAAUGAAAGAAUUUAGUAGCUCUGGAAUGAAAAUUGGCCCUGCAAAGAGAAUUUCAAAAUUUACAAAUAAGUUAAAAAAUGAGCUUGAACAAUUUGAAGCGAAGUUAGAACAAUCCAGAAAUCAAUUGGAAUAUGACUAUACGGAUUAUGGCAACAGCGUUAAAAAGAGUUCUCCCCCAUUGAUUCCAACAGAUUUUAAACGACUUAACGAAGGAACAGAGAAUAGGAGUUGUAAUGAUGUGGAUUGUAGUAAUGGGGGAUUUGAUUCUAAUUAUCUCAAAUUUCGAAAACAUCCAAAGCUCUUUGCUCUUUUUGCCCUUCAAGAAGGAAUGAGGGCAAAUAAGAGGAGAGAGGCCGACAUACUUCGGAAAUGUCUGGACUUCCUGAAGAAAGUGAGUUCAGAAGACGUUAAGAAACGUAUUAACAUGUUAUUGCAAGGAUUUGAUGUAAGUUAUAUUAAAAUUUUUGGACGGAUGACACGCAGUAUGGGAGACUUCCAGCAGUCCCGAGAAGGGACAGUAUGGAAGACUUCCAGCAGUCCCGAGAAGGGAAGCAUCGAUUAUAUCAGGAUUUGGAACAAAAUCGAGCUGAUGUGUUACGAAAAUGAACAGAAACGUCUAGAAUCAGAAAGGGCUACGCGGACACUACGAUGUCACGUUAAUAUAAGAGAUAAGACACAAAAUAUGAUGGAGAACAUGGCCGAGGAAACAGUCGAAGAAGCCGAGAAUGCUCGCAAGAGAUCACGGUCUGAGUUCACGGAAUACGAACAAAAUGAUGAAGGGUUAUCAGUAUUAUCGUCACCGCCGAGUAAGAUCCGAACUACCUGUGGAACGGAAGUGGAGCGAACUGAUAACGAUUCGACAUUCAGUGACGAAGAAUCCCUUUCUGCUCCCCUUACAAAUGCUUUCACCGAGACUUCUUCGCAACAAUCUGAUACAAAUAUAGGAAACUCUGAUUUAGCGUCAGCCCAAAUAGCCAAAGUUCAAAAACCAAGAAAAUACAUUAAUCGGGAUAUAGCAGACGAUGUUUUAAAAAAUUAUAAGACGAGUAUCCUGCCGGGUGAAAAACUUGUUUAA